GACUUUGUACUUUGGGUAUUUUGUGUUUUUGUGUUAUCUUAAUCGCAGGUUGUCUGUUUGACGAUGAUGAGCUGAGCUUACAAAAGAAGAACAUGGGAGCUCACUCUGUUUUUCUCAUCCUUUUUGGCGUCAUUGCCACCGCCAUUGUAGUUCAUGGCCAAGGCCAAGCAGGUUUCAUCAGCAUAGAUUGUGGAUCACCCCCUAAUAUAAACUAUGUUGACACUGAUACUGGUAUUAGUUACACCUGGGAUGCACCUUACAUAAAUGCUGGAGUAAAUGUGAACGUCUCUGAAGAAUACGGCUAUCCGAAAAACCCGGUUUUGCCAUUCCCACUUGCUGAUGUCAGAUCUUUUCCCCAAGGUGACAGAAACUGUUACACCUUAACUCCCUCCGAUGGAAAAGGGAACCUUUAUCUCAUCAGAGCUUCGUUUAUGUAUGGAAACUACGACGGUAAAGAAGCUUUGCCUGAGUUUGAUCUCUAUGUAAACGUGAAUUUCUGGAGCUCAGUGAAAUUCAGAAAUGCUUCUGAGAAUGUCAUCAAGGAGAUCCUCAGCUUUGCAAAGUCAGAUACAAUAUAUGUUUGCCUCGUGAACAAAGGUAAAGGAACACCUUUUAUUUCAGCCUUGGAGCUCCGGCCAAUGAAUAGCUCAAUCUAUGGUACUGAGUUUGGAAGAAAUGUCUCACUGGUACUCUAUAAAAGAUGGGAUACUGGAUAUCUGAAUGGAACAGGACGGUACCAAAAGGAUACAUAUGAUCGUAUUUGGUCUCCGUACUCUCCAGUCUCUUGGAAUUCAACCAUGACUACUGGGUAUAUUGAUAUUUUUCAGUCUGGUUAUCGGCCACCAGAUGAAGUUAUUAAGACAGCUGCUUCGCCUAAAAGUGAUGAUGAGCCAUUGGAACUGUCUUGGACAUCAAGCGAUCCAGAUACUCGGUUCUAUGCAUACCUUUAUUUUGCUGAACUUGAAAUCCUCAAGAGGAACGAGAGCAGAAAAAUCAAGAUAUUCUGGAAUGGGUCGCCUGUUUCAGGAGCUUUCAAUCCUUCUUCUGAGUACUCAAUGACAGUGUCUAAUUCACGAGCUUUCACUGGUAAAGAUCACUGGAUCUCUGUUCAGAAGACCGCAGAUUCAACGCGUCCACCAAUACUCAAUGCUAUUGAGAUUUUUACAGCACAAUCUCUGGAUGAAUUUUCCACCACAACUGAAGACGUUCACGCCAUAGAAAGUAUAAAAUCAACGUAUAAAGUGAAUAAGGUUUGGAGUGGUGAUCCUUGCUCCCCAAGACUAUUCCCUUGGGAAGGUAUUGGAUGCAGCUACAACAAUUCUAAUUACCAAAUCAAGUCCCUAAAUCUUAGCUCAAGCGGGUUACAAGGAUCGAUAGCCUUUACAUUUAGAAAUCUCUCCCUUCUUGAGUCAUUGGAUUUAUCAAACAACAACUUAAGAGGAAACGUGCCAGAGUUUUUGGCUGAUCUAAAAUAUUUGAAGUUCCUGAAUUUGAAAGGAAAUAACUUCACUGGUUUUAUACCGAGAGCUCUCAGAAAACAAUCAACGACAAAUGGACUUGCACUCAGUGUGGAUGAACAAAACAUUUGUCGCUCCCGUUCAUGUCGGGAUGGGAACAGAAUCGUUGUGCCAUUAGUUGUAUCCUCAUUAGUGAUUAUUCUCAUUGUCGCCUUGGCUAUCAUAUUCAUCAUGAGAAGGGAAAGAAAAAUAAUGUAUUCAGGAGUCUAUUCAGGACCACUUCUGCCUUCGGGGAAAAGAAGGUUCACAUAUAGUGAAGUCUCUAGCAUUACAAAUAACUUCAAUAAGGUGAUCGGUAAAGGAGGGUUUGGUAUAGUGUACCUCGGUUCCCUCGAAGAUGGGUCUGAAAUUGCUGUAAAGAUGAUCAAUGAUUCUUCAUUUGGAAAAACUAAAGGUUCAUCAUCAUCAUCAUCUUCCCAAGUUUCCAAAGAAUUCCAAGUCGAGGCGGAGCUUCUUUUGACAGUCCAUCACAGGAACUUAGCCUCGUUUGUUGGAUACUGUGAUGACGGUCGUAGUAUGGCUCUCAUCUAUGAGUACAUGGCCAAUGGAAACUUGCAGGAUUAUCUUUCAAGUGAGAAUGCAGAGGACCUUAGCUGGGAAAAGAGACUCCAUAUAGCCAUAGACUCUGCACAAGGAUUGGAGUAUCUGCAUCAUGGAUGCAGACCACCAAUAGUACACAGAGACGUUAAAACAGCAAACAUUCUAUUAAGCGAUAACUUGGAAGCCAAGAUUGCUGAUUUUGGCCUUUCUAAGGUCUUCCCUGAGGAUGAUCUCAGCCACGUCGUAACUGCAGUCAUGGGUACACCCGGCUACGUUGAUCCUGAGUAUUACAACACGUUUAAGCUAAACGAGAAGAGCGACGUGUACAGCUUCGGGAUCGUCCUCCUAGAACUCAUAACCGGCCAGCGAUCCAUAAUGAAAACCGAGGACGGAGACAAAAUGAACGUUGUCCACUACGUUGAACCUUUCCUCGAAACCGGAGACAUAGACGGCGUCAUGGAUCCACGGCUUCGUGGGGACUUCUGCUCAAACUCGGCCUGGAAAUUUGUAGAGGUGGCAAUGUCAUGCGUCAGAGACAGAGGAACCAACAGACCAACAACUAACCAAAUCGUGUCUGAUCUGAAACAGUGCUUAGCAGCUGAGCUGGCUCGUGAGCCACAGAGCCAUCACAAGAAGGAAGUAGUGAAAGAGAAGCAAACGAGGUCGCCGAUUCGAAGUUAUAGCAGCAACGAAUAUAAUAGCACUUCCGGAUCGGUUUCGCUUACUCAUGGAGAUUACUCCACGUUUGGCCCCAUGGCAAGGUAGUGAGAAAAUAAAUCAAAGGUUUGAUUCUUCAUUUAUGCUCAUCUUAUUUUUGUGUUUAUUUUCAAGAUUAUCAUAUGAUUCAUUUUGAUUUUAAAGAUUCAUUUGUUUUUGUUUUCUUUUAAGAAAAUUUGUUACGGCUAAAAACAUUCAAUUGUAAGAAAAAGAACUUGUACAUGUUUGUUUGUCUUUCA